ACACAGUGCACCCACUACUCUCCUCCUCUCCCAUCUCCCACCUCCCUAACUUGGUUAUUUGUCAAGCUCUUCAUCAUUCCCCAACAAUCCCCCAAAUUUUACUGGGAUCCUAACCCAAGAUUAAUUGAAUCUUUUCUUUUCUUAUCCUGAGAUGCUGCUACAGAAUUAGAAUGAUCCCAUAUGUAAAGAGAGGAGUCUAAAGGUGCUGUAUUUAUCCUCUACUGGCUAGUAAGAGAUAGCAAAAGGUUCUUGUUGUAUCGAACAAAUUCGUACUGACCGAAUUCUGUCGACGCAGAAAGAAAUUAAGAUCUGGAAUCAUGGGAUGCCUGCUGUCGACGCCAGGAGAUUCUGGCGGAGCUUGCCGGAUGCGGAAUCCAGGGAGUAUAGGAGAGGUGGCAGUGUUUGUCCCGGGAUUUCGCAUCCCGAAAGGCGUGGAUUUCGCACAAUCGCUCGGUGAUAGCGUGCCGAAGAGCCUGGCGGAUAGAAUCGCGGCUUUGAGAGCUCGAGUAGUGGUCAUGGUUGCUCAGGAGACACCAUUAUCUGCAAAGCCGAGGCGAAGAACAGCAACAAGGCAUGGAGGAUCUGCUUUGGCGAAUCUUCUGCGAGCUCUCGAAGACUAUUUACCUGUUCUUCUGGGAUUGGUGAAGGAUGGCGGUAGGUUGAGAGACAAGGUGCGGUUUGCGUGGGCUAACCAGGAGGAUGAUGCAGAGGAAACAGUAAUGGCGAACGCUUGGUACGAGGUAUUGUCGGUUCUACACUUGAUGUCUAUGCUGUGUUUGUCGCAAGCCAAUUCCAUGCUUCUUCCUAGAACAGCUGGUGACAGUUAUCAUCAGCCAAGAGUAUCUGGAGAGAGCAAAAGGACCUCUGUCGACGUUUUCUUGAAGGCUGCAGGAUAUUUGGACUGUGCUAUUCAGCAUGUGCUUCCUCAGAUACCUCCACAAUCCAGUAGGAGAGAUCUCCCAGUAGACCUAACAGAAGGAGUUCUUCGAGCUCUUAGCCUGCAAGCCUUGGGUCAGGGUGUGGAUAUUCAACUUGGGAUGGCAAUUGAUAGUCCGAAGGCUACCCUAGCAGUGAAACGGCGGUUGGCUUGUGAAAUGGCCAAGUAUUGGCAUCAGGCUCAGGAUUACAUCGCGCAGCUUCCUUUGCCAGAAGGCUGGGGGAAAAAGCAUCAGCUCUUUGUUAGAUGGAAACUUGUCGAAGCAAAGGCCGCUGCGUACUAUUUCCAUGGACUGAUUCUUGAUGAAGGAAAUACAGAGAAAUCCCACGGAAUGGCUGCAGCUGCUCUUCAGGCAUCAGAGGAGUUCCUUAAAGAGAGCAAAAAGGCUUGCGCAGCCUUUAAUUCUGUUCCUCCAACAUCGAGGAACCCUCCUCUUUGGGGUUGUAUGAAGUAUCUAACUGAGAAGAUCCCAAAAGAUGCUUCAAGCAAGGUUCGCGUGAAUCGGGAUCUCUACACUCAAGAAAGGAUCAUCGAAACAGCACCGACGUUGCCCGAUUUUGCUUUGGCACUAAAACCUGACGACUAUCAACUUCCUCAACUAGACCCAAUAUGGAACAAUGGGAUUAGCUUCUAGAGAAACUACAAAAGGAUAGUAAAAGAACACUCAUGACUUUCUAAAUUUGGAUUGAUUUCAGCAAAGAGAAAACCGGCUUCAACUAUCAGUUUGCUGUAGCAGAUCAUUGGUUAUUGACGGCUUUGUUUUGUGCAGACUUGUUGUAGCACCGAAAGCAGGAUUCAUUGGGAGCAGUUUUCUUCCUCAAUACUGUAACCGAUUUGUGUUUUUUGCCUAGUAACUGUCAUAUUUAGGUCAUUCUAAAUGCAUAUAUGAUGACAAAACCAUAAUCCAACUCUUUUGCCGAUCUUUUAACCUUGCUGAUCGUCUUCAGCUUUGAUCCUACCAGUUGGGCAGAUUCGACAACAGAUAUAUUGUGUGAAUACAAAUGUACGCAACUCAGUAGUAUAAGUUUUAUCACCUGAGUAAAUGAAUGUACUGAAUCUAUGUAAUUUGCUUGAUUAUUUGUUCUUUCUGGAUGGUGUUCAUUCGUGUGUAAUCUUUCCUGGAACUUCGAAUUCCAGCAACUAUUGUACUUUCAAUGUCUUGGUACACUUAAAUUAAACUGAGUUUGAUUCACUGA